CGAACAAGUUCAUGCAAGAAGGCUCCCCAGGAAAUGGCUUUCCGGGUGCGACUGACGUCAUGCAAAAUUCAGUCUAAGUGCAAGGAGACAGACUGAGGAGGGCCGGGGUCUGGAGGCCAAGACGCCUGGUGCCAAGACACAGCUUGAUGGUCUGUGUGGGGUCCCACAGUCUGCAUGUAGUCUCUGAGCUUCCUUAGGUCUGCAGACCAACCGUCUGAGGCUGUACCACAGGCAUGGCUCAGCCACUGGCUUUAGCCCUGGAUGUCCCAGAGACCACAAGGGAUGAAGACCUGGAUCCCAGCCCCUAUGAAGAGAGUGAAGUUCACGACUCCUUCCACCAGCUCAUUCAAGAGCAGAGUCUUCGCGUGGCUGAGGAGGGGCUGGAGCUGCUCCCCUUGGCUCCAGGCAGAGGUUACCAGCCCCUCCCAGCCUCUGAAGGUGUCCCUGCCCAUAGCACUGCCACUCUCCGCAUCUUGGCCAGCAUGCCCAGUCGUACCAUUGGUCGCAGCCGUGGGGCCAUCAUCUCCCAAUACUACAACCGCACGGUGAGGCUGCGGCGCAGGAGCAGCCGGCCCCUGCUGGGCAAUGUGGUACACUCUGCCCGGCCCAGCCUUCGCCUGUAUGACCUGGAGCUGGACUCCGCAAUCCUGGAGGAGGAUGAGAAGCGGAGCCUGCUAGUGAAGGAACUUCAGGGUCUGUCGGUGGCCCAGAGGGACCAUAUGGUCCGGAACAUGCCCUUGAGCCUGGGUGAGAAGCGCUGGCUUCGAGAGAAAAGUUGGAGCCCAAAGGGCAAGCGGAGGGGCCAGCAGGGCCGACAUGGGGCCUUCUCCUGCUGCAGCCGGCUCAGAUACUCCUGCUUCUUGGCUCUGCACAGCCUGGGGCUGGCACUGCUCUCAGGCCUCUAUGCCGCCAGGCCAUGGCGCAACGCUCUGAAGCAGAUCAGCGGGCAGUUUGGCUCCAGCGUCCUCUCCUACUUCCUCUUCCUCAAGACCCUGUUGGUCUUCAACACCCUGAUGUUGCUGCCUCUGCUGGCCUUCCUCGUGGGUGUGCAGGCCGCCUUCCCGCCUGACCCAUCAGGCCCUGUCCCUACCUUCUCUGGUCUGGAACUCCUCACAGGCGGGGGCCGGUUCACACACACGGUCAUGUACUAUGGCUAUUACAGCAAUACCACGCUGAGCCAGUCAUGUGCCUCCCCGCGGGAAGGGGGCCAGUGCAGCCCCAGGUUGGGCAGCCUGCCCUAUAACAUGCCGCUGGCCUUCCUCUUCACUGUGGGGGCCGUCUUCUUCAUUACCUGCAUCGUGUUGGUGUACAGCAUGUCCCACUCCUUUGGGGAGAGCUACCGGGUUGGCAGUACCAAGGGCAUCCACGCUCUUACUGUCUUCUGCUCCUGGGACUACAAGGUGACUCAGAAGCGGGCCUCCCGUGUCCAGCAGGACAGCAUCUGCACUCAACUAAAGGAGCUGCUGGCUGAAUGGCAACUUCAAAAGUGCCCUCGGAGCGCAUACGGGCAGCUGCGGCAGGUUGUCGUCCUAGGUCUGGGAUGGCUGCUGUGUCUGGGGUCCACAGUGGGCUGUGCGGUGGCUGUCCUCACCUUCUCCGAGGUCAUGAUUCAGUCACCUGCUGCUGGCGGCCAGGGCCUGGAGCUGCUCGCCUUGCCCCUGGUGGUCAGUGUCCUUAACCUGGGUGGCUCCUACCUGUUCCGCGGCCUGGCUGCUCUGGAGCGGCAUGACUCCCCUGUGUUGGAGGUAUACGUGGCCAUCUGCAGGAACCUCAUCCUGAAGAUGGCUGUACUGGGUGUGCUGUGUUACCACUGGCUGGGCCGCAGGGUGGCCGCCCUGCAGGGCAGGUGCUGGGAGGACUUUGUGGGCCAGGACCUGUAUCGCCUCAUGGUCGUGGACUUCCUCUUCACACUCUUGGACUCCCUUUUUGGGGAGUGGAUAUGGAGGCUCAUUUCAGAGAGGAAGCUCAAGAGGAAGCAGAAGCCGGAGUUUGACAUCGCGAGGAAUGUUCUGGACCUGAUUUAUGGGCAGACACUGACCUGGCUGGGCGUCCUGUUCUCACCGCUCUUGCCCGCAGUGCAGGUCGUCAGGCUCCUCCUCCUUUUCCAUGUCAAGAAGGCAAGCCUGAUGGCCAACUGCCAGGCACCACGACGACCCUGGCUGGCCUCACACAUGAGCACCGUCUUCCUCACCCUGCUCUGCUUCCCGUCAUUCCUGGGCGCAGCGGUUUUCCUCUGCUAUGCUGUCUGGCAGGUGAGGCCCUCAAGCAUCUGCGGCCCCUUUCGGACUCUGAACACCAUGUACGAGGCAGGCACGGUCUGGGUGCGACGCCUGGAGCAUGCCGGUUCCACGGCCUCCUGGUUGCCCUGGCUGCACCAUCUCCUGGUGGAAAACACGGCCUUCCUUUUCCUGGUGUCAGCCCUGCUUCUGGCUGUCAUCUACCUCAACAUUCAGGUGGUGAAAGGCCAACGUGAGGUCAUCUGCCUGCUCAAGGAACAGAUCCGGAAUGAGGGAGAGGACAAGAUCUUCCUGAUCAACAAGCUUCACUCUGUUUUUGAGGAGGAGGGAAGGAACAGGCCUGGCAGAACCCAGGAGGCCACCAUACCAGCUGCCCUGACUGUGGAUGGAGGGGACACAAAGGAACCUUGCACCCCGAGUCACCAUGACCCUGCAGGCAGAGGCUUGGACCUGAGAUCCCCACAGGACAUGGCAGUAGAGUGACUUUCUACAGACUCAAACUGGUGAAGGAGCAAGGAUGUAGGCCACUCCCCAGGGACCCUUUCCUGCAUGGGGUCCCCUUCCCCUGGCCUUUUUUGAGCCCUGGCUGUUGGGAGUGAACUAUGUAGACCAGGCUGGCCCUGAACUCAUAUUUACUUGCCUCUGACUCUCAGGUGCUAGAACCAGAGGAGUGUACUACCACACCUGGUUUUCCCUUUCCCCAACUUUUUAAAAAUUUUAUUCUGAUUAAAUGGGUUUUGCAAAAUGGGGUUGUGUUUUGGGAUGAGCUUGUGACAUGACAGGUGCUUGGUGCCCAGUAGGCGUUCCAUGGGAAGCUUGGGGCUAACUGAGGGUUGUCCUCUAUUGUGGCCACAUGCUCCUGGGCAGGAUGAAAGGUGUGUGCCUGGGAUGAGAAGCCAGUCAGUGGUGAUGUUCCAUGGACAAAAGUGGAGGGAAGACUUAGGGAAAGACUCUGAAGGGAUGACUUGACACUUGGAGUGAGGAGACCCUCAGUAAAGGGACCACAGUGCCCCAUCUAGGAGGAGG